GACGUAGAUUACAUGACGAUGCAGUUUUUGCAUCUCGUUAAACUUUCAACCAAUACUGUCCAUUUCAUAUCAUCUGUUUAAAGUCAGUUUAUGAGUUGUUGGGUAUGUAAAAGAUACUAAAAUCGUUAAAUCUGGGACUGGGAGUCGAUCCAGGCAAUGUUGGCAAAUCAUAAGUAAUUUCCACGCCUUGAUGUCAACCAUUCAUUUCUGACCCAAAUAUUGAGUGGAAAUAAAACCCUUUUCUGAUGUUGUUGUGCUGAUUUUCAAGAAUAAACAGUCUUGGUCAACAUUGCAACAGGACCUGUAAUAAAAUGUAUGCGUAUUAUGUACUAAUUCCACGUGGACUUGGUUUGGUGGUUUUGUGUAAUUUGAAGCUCAUAAUGGGGUUCAAGAGAUGGAAGGACAAAUCUUGUUGGUGUCCAUCAUCAUCCUACCUGCAUAGAAGAUAAAAGAUAGAUGGAGAGACGCAGACCACGUAAAAACUUUCCAACUUGGUCCCAUCAUUUUAGGAGACAUUUAUGGACUAUAAAUACAACUUUGACUAACAAAGAAAUAAACGGCUAUUAAUUAUGUUAGCUUUUCUUAGCAAAUCAACCUCCACCAUCCAACUUACGCAUUCUUUCAUUAAUACAAUCCAAUCGGGCAAUCAACCAUAAUCUGCCCCAUCCCUCCUCUCUCAUUUAUUCUUAAAAUUUCCAAAAAGAAAAUAAAGAGAACAGAAGAAAUCAGCUCUUUCUUCCUCUUUUGUUCUUCUUUGAUGAGAAGAACUGAAAAAAUUCAUCAUUCUUCCCUCGCCUGUGGGAGUUACAUCAUGUUCAUGAUGAUGAGCUUAGCUCAUUUCCAUCAUGCAUAUUGUAUGCAACACCAUUCUUUCACGAACUGGAGAUGUUAUUCUUAUUGUUAAAUUAUUCACCAAACAACAUUUCCAGAAUGAACAAGGUCUGCUCGCCUUACUUUGAUCCUGAUUUUGAUAGCCUUCCGGAGAGAAUAUAUGGCCCAGCUUGUAGAGUUAAUAUAGACAAUGAAAGCUCACAAGAUUCCACAGUUGUAAAAAUCGACAGUGUAAACAAGCAGGGGCUUCUCCUGGAAGUGGUGCAAGCACUUACUGAUAUGAACCUCACCAUAUCAAAAGGUUACAUUUCUUGUGAUGCAGGAUGGUUCAUGGAUGUUUUUCAUGUUAAAGAUGAGCGAGGCAACAAAAUUACUGAUCAAAGGGUUAUCAACUACAUACAGCAGGAUAUUGGUUCCAAUGGCAUAACCAGUCCCAAGGCAAAGGCCCUAACCAAUUUGGAGUCUCAAGCCAAUGAGCCUAAAGCAAUUGAAAUGACAGGAAAGGACAGGCCGGGCCUAUUUUCAGAGAUAUCAGCAGUGCUAGCUGAUCUUGGUUGCAACAUAAUUGAAGCACAUGCGUGGAGCCACAAUGCACAUUUGGCCUGUGUCGUGUACAUUUCGGAUAAAUCAACGGACACCCCAAUUGAUGAUCACCGGCUCCAUGCCAUUGAGGACCAUUUGACCACUGUCCUCCGAGCCACCAGUAGUGCUGCCACAGAAGAACAUGCUAACCAGCAAGAAGUUAAGCCAGCAGGCCUUCCUAAGGGGCAAUUAUGCACCACAACUAAAGUAGAGCGUCGGUUGCACCAACUAAUGGUUUCCGUCAGGGACUUUGACGUGCCGGUCCAGCACAAGAGAUCACCAACGUCAGCAGCAGACAGUGAUGAGGAGGACAGAAAGGCCAGCAUAUCCAUUGAGAGUUGCAUUGAGAAGGGAUAUUCAAUUGUUACCAUCCAAUGCAAGGAUCGGAGAAGGCUGAUGUUUGAUACUGUUUGUACUCUUACAGAUAUGCAAUAUGUGAUUUUUCAUGCUUCCAUAGAUUCUUAUGGAGGCUAUGCAUACCAAGAGUACUUCAUAAGACAUGCAGACGGUUGUGCAUUGAACACGGAGAGCGAGAAAGAUAAAGUCAUAAAAUGCUUAGAGGCUGCAAUAGAACGCAGAGUUUGUGAGGGAGUGCGGUUGGAACUCUGCGCAUAUAACAGGGUCGGAUUGCUGUCUGACAUAACACGGGUUCUAAGGGAGAAUGGCCUUGCAGUAUUAAGAGCAGAUGUCGCCACACGAGGAGAGAAGUCGGUUAAUGCAUUCUACGUGAGGGAUAUUUCAGGAAACAAUGUGGACUUGGACUUCAUCAAGUCUAUGAAGAGAGAGAUGGGUGAGAUAGAUCUUUCUGUUAUGGAAGAGACUACCAAUUAUCGACCAACCUCAACUGAAAGGCCUAAGUUCUCUAUUGGGGAAAUGUUGAAGUCUCAGAUUGAGCGCUUCUCCCACAGCUUCGUUGCAAUUAAGUGAUGUACAUAGCUAGCAUUUUUUUCUGUUUUUCAUAGUUAAAAGAAUUCGUAAUGUACAUAAAUCUUUUCAUAUUAUAAACAAAUCUUUCCAAA